UGUCCAGGUAUUUCAUAUAGCCUAACGUUAGAUAGUUAACCAAAUUUUACAUUAUCAUAUUUAGUGAAGCUACAAUUUAGUGUGGACUCUGCAAAGAAGUGACGUCUUGGCAGGAACUGAUUUGGCUCCAUAAAACAAACGAUAAACGAAAAAAUGAAAAUGUUUUGAAACAAAGUUUCAUCAUAUCCAGAUGUCAGUCUUGGCAAUCCCAUCUCGAGCAGCCAGCCAAUAUUUCAAUGGGACGGUCAGUGUUGGAUAACGCGCGUCACACUUCUCCUCAACCUCCGUGAGCUGCUCACUUUCAGUUUGCGCUUUGCAACUUCGCGAGUGUCUCUCCGCUUGUCCGCUGGUGUGAUGAGAAAUACACUCUUUCACGGACUGCUUUCAUGUAGGUUAAAUUGUGGUCGAUGUUCGCCCGGAUCCUCAUUCAAAUGAGGGAAACGAGAGUUUUGUUUGGUUUGUCGCUGCGUGUGCGGUUUGGAGAUACAGAGAACAUCACCUCUAUCACAGGCAGUAUGAAUGUCGCUAUUACUAAAUGACCUGCGGGCACACUAUCAUAUGAAUAUUGUUGGACACACCAAAGAAGAUUAGUCAUUGGGCGACCUUCAGAGAUGGAAGUGACUGUUUCAUACUGCUAAAUAAAACCUUGACCCACCUGAAACCAGUCCAUGGUGAUCGUUUUACGAGGAUUAAUGGCAUGUUCUCUUGUGGGCACAUCUUUGACCUCUGACCUCUCCUAGACCUCUCCUAGCCAUGAAAUGUGGUAGAGACAUGUGACACAUCAGGCCCACCAUGCUAGAUCGUAGUGGGCAACAGUGUUACAGUCACAAUACAAUACAUGAAAGCUAAAAGGAAACCUCUUGACUUCCUAGUCUUAUUUUUAAACAUGGCUUGAGUUGGGACCGUAGAAGCCUCAGCCAAUUUCAAUGAUUAUAGCAGUUUCUGAGGAAGCGAAGAGAUCAUGUGUAACAUCUCAACCUCGUGCAAUGUUGACUCGAACAUAGACCAGUUCUUCCAGCCGGCGCUGUAUAUUAUUGUCAUCGUCCUUGGCUUCCCAACCAACUGCAUGGCCCUGUGGGCCGCAUACAUGCAGGUCAGACAGAAGAAUGAGUUGGGGGUCUACUUGAUGAACCUCUCGGUGGCUGACCUCUUGUAUAUAGCCACUUUGCCACUUUGGAUUGACUAUUUCGUCCACCAUGACAACUGGAUCCACGGUCAAGUGUCCUGCAAGCUGUUCGGUUUCAUCUUCUACACCAACAUCUAUGUCAGUAUUGCCUUCCUCUGCUGCAUAUCUGUGGAUCGUUACUUGGCAGUGGCUCAUCCCCUGAAAUUCGCUAAAGUCCGCAGGGUCAAAACAGCCUUGCUGGUUAGCGUUGUUGUGUGGGUAACAGAAAUAGUGGCCAACUCUGCACCUCUCUUCCAUGAUGAGCUUUUCAAGGACCGCUUCAACCACACCUUUUGCUUCGAGAAGUAUCCCAUGCAGGAUUGGGUGGCCGGGAUGAACCUUUACCGCACUUUUCUCGGUUUCUUGGCGCCUUGGGGAGUGAUGUUGGCUGCGUACAGAGGCAUCCUGAGAGCCGUGCGCAGUAACGUCUCCACCGAGCGCCAAGAGAAGGCCAAGAUCAAGAGGCUGGCCCUCAGUUUGAUCCUCAUUGUCCUCCUCUGCUUCGCUCCCUAUCACGUGCUCCUGUUGUGGCGCAGCGUGCUCUUCCUUAGCAACCCCUGCGAUUGCGGUGCUGAGGAGAACUUGUUUGGUGCUUAUCAUGUGACUCUAGCACUCACCAGCCUCAACUGCGUGGCGGACCCCAUCCUCUACUGCUUUGUCAACGAAGGGGCCCGUCAUGACGUGGGCCGGGCCCUAGCCACUCUCUUCGGUCUCUUCCAGCGGGGCCAAAGCCCAGAGACACUCAUGGGAGCGUCCAUCACCGUUGAGACGCCUCUGGCUAUGAAGAAGCCCGAUUUCUACAGUGAGGUCAAAACAAAUGCCUAUAAAACUGACAUUGAAGUGCUCAAAGACGAGUGCCUUCAAAUGACCAUUCUCAGUGUUAAAAAGUGAAGUUAAAUGUCGAUGUAACAUACAGCGGCCCCAUAAAGUGUGUGGACACUUAAGUGCACACUUUAAACUGAAUUUUUAAUGAAAUUAGCAAAAUAUUUAAACAAGUGGCAUCUGCAAAUGCUGCUUAAAAAUAAUUUCAGUUCCUGUGAGCUAUUUUGUCAGUGACAAAGCCCAAAAUAUACUUCGGUAUUGACGCGAAUGCUUACGAACACAGGCCCUCAACAUAUGCGCAUUGUGAAGAUUUGUCCUUGUCCAGUUUCUACGCUAGUUCUCUUCAGAAGUUAUGACUGAUAUAAUUGUCUUUGUACUUGUUUAAAUUAGAGUUGCAUGUAUCUCUUAACCUCCUCACACAAGUGCUUGUCAACGAGAGCGUCUGUUGUUGUUGCCGUCUCCAGUAGUUCGUUUUUCUGUUUGUUUCUGCUUUGACUGUUAAGCAACGGGCUGGGGGAGUGUUGCCACCUUGUGGACAAGCUAAUUACUGCAAAAAAAUCGAUAUGCAUGUGGGAGCUGUGCGCAUACAGUGUGUAUGUAUUAUGGUGAUGAAGUUAUGUAUCACAUUGAUUUUUAGUAGAUGUAUGAAGUUCUCCUCACUAACUUUUAACAACCAAAAAAAGUCAGAAUACUUUUUAUGUUAAUUUUGAACAAUAUUGUUUUUGUUUUACAAUUUAAUACCCAACAAACUUGUUUUUCUAUUUUUUUAAGCUUGAAAACUGUGCUUGUUUCUGUCUAUCUAAACAAUGCCACUUGAUUUGAUUUUGUUAUUUAAUGCAAUAACAUUCAGCAUUUAAUGUGGCUUAAUGGGAUAGUUCACAUAAAAAUUUAAAUUCUGUCUUCAUUUACUCACCGUCAUGUCGUUCCAAACCUUUCUUAGUAGAACACAAAAGAAGAUAGUAUUUAUAAUGUCUGUGUUUUGUUUUUUGUUUUGUUUUGUUUUUGUCCAUAAACUGAAAGUUAAUGCGAUCAAACAGGGUUAUUUUGGACCCCACUGACUUUCAUUACAAAAACAAAAUUUCAUGGGCAAAAUGUAAACAAUCUAAACAUUCCAUAUACUAUACUUUUGUGUCACAUUAAAAAUCACACACACACAUGUUUGGGACAGCAUAAUAGUGAUUAAAUAAUGACAGAAUUUCCAAUUUUGAGUGAACAAUCUCUUUAAGUGUAAUUACUUUUUGGGGCCGCUGUAUAAGGUGCACUUUCUGACGAUAACUAUACCAAUACCUAUGUGUACCUCAAGUUUUACCCAGAAAUACUGUCUAUGAUAAAAUCUUUAACUUGGAGAUGAGGAUUAAUCAACGUCAGCAAAAUACUGAUGUCAAAAUUCCCUUCUCCUUUUGAAUGUCUUAUAUGUACAUGCCUGCCAUUUGUCCGUUCUUUUAGAUUUUGCGGGAAAUGUACCCUACUAUCCCUAUUUUUAAAUUAUUGCUCGUUUUAAGCAAGCCCAAUUAUUUAUUUUCCCACUCUUGUCACAUCAAACACAAAUAUCGUCUGAGUUGUUUCAGGUGUCAUGUCUUAAUAUGCUUUUAAUACGCUGUAUAAAGUCUUCACAAGACUCUUUAACAAGAGGAGCGUGUUUCUGUCAGCUGUCUCUUGUUUGAUAUACUUUCUGUUCGGUGGCCCACAGAUACCCAAAAUGGAAACUGUUUUCCAAACAAUGGGCUUUGCUGUUGUUUACAAUUUUUUUCUUCAUUAGUUCUCCAGGUGCCCUAUUUCAGCCUACCAAACUAUAAGUCCUGAAUGUCAGCAGUGAGAAAGUGCAAUGUAAAAGAUUUGCUGUUAUGCCAAAAUAAAAUACAUGAUGUCGGUCGUUCUUCUGUUGUGUAGUUCUCAGCUCUUUUCUUUAGAUAGUUCUGAUAAAUUCUUUAUUUGGCAACAGAUGUUGUCAAAGGAAGCGAUAUGUAAAUAAAAAAGUGAAUGCUUAAUGACAUAAUUUGUGAUCAAGGGCAAUGGCCUAGGCUUUAUAACCUGAGUUUACACAUGUUGUUCAGUGGAAAAAACCUAUGCAACAUUAAAGAAAAAUCACAUUUGUGUCAACAUGGCCGUUAAUGUGAAGUUGUGCUAUCACAGA